UCGCUUCGACGAUAUAUAACGUUACCCCACCCACGCCCCAGUAAUACUGCCUUCGUUCUCCGAUUCAUCGACAUCGGUCUGAAGGAAAAUAAUUGCAAGAAUGCGUGAGUGUAUUUCCGUACAUGUUGGCCAAGCCGGUGCUCAGAUGGGCAAUGCAUGCUGGGAGCUGUAUUGCUUGGAGCACGGGAUCCAGCCAGAUGGCCAAAUGCCUAGUGACAAAACGAUUGGUGGAGGAGACGACUCUUUCAACACCUUUUUCAGUGAGACUGGAGCUGGCAAGCAUGUUCCAAGAGCUGUGUUUGUAGACCUGGAGCCCACUGUAAUUGAUGAGGUCCGCACAGGUACCUACCGCCAGCUCUUCCACCCAGAGCAGCUGAUCACAGGGAAGGAAGAUGCUGCGAACAACUACGCCCGUGGCCAUUACACCAUCGGCAAAGAGAUCAUCGACCUGGUGCUGGACAGGACCCGCAAACUGGCUGACCAGUGCACAGGACUGCAGGGUUUCCUGAUCUUCCACAGCUUUGGUGGAGGUACAGGAUCUGGCUUCACUUCCCUGCUGAUGGAACGUCUCUCUGUGGACUAUGGAAAGAAGUCCAAACUGGAAUUUGCUGUGUACCCAGCCCCACAGGUCUCAACAGCUGUGGUGGAGCCCUAUAAUUCCAUCCUGACCACACACACCACUUUGGAGCACUCGGACUGUGCCUUCAUGGUGGACAAUGAAGCCAUCUAUGAUAUCUGUCGUAGAAACCUUGAUAUUGAGCGUCCCACCUACACCAACCUCAACAGGCUCAUUGGCCAGAUCGUCUCCUCCAUCACAGCCUCCCUCCGCUUUGAUGGAGCCCUGAAUGUUGAUCUGACUGAGUUUCAGACCAACCUGGUGCCCUACCCUCGCAUUCACUUCCCUCUGGCUACCUAUGCCCCUGUAAUAUCUGCGGAAAAAGCAUACCAUGAGCAACUCUCUGUUGCUGACAUCACCAAUGCUUGUUUUGAGCCAGCUAAUCAGAUGGUGAAGUGUGACCCUCGUCAUGGCAAAUAUAUGGCCUGCUGUCUGCUAUACCGUGGUGAUGUUGUGCCCAAAGAUGUCAAUUCUGCCAUCGCUACAAUCAAGACCAAGCGUACCAUCCAGUUUGUGGACUGGUGUCCCACUGGCUUCAAGGUUGGAAUCAACUAUCAACCUCCCACUGUUGUUCCUGGGGGAGACCUGGCCAAGGUGCAACGAGCAGUUUGCAUGCUGAGUAACACCACAGCCAUCGCUGAGGCCUGGGCUCGUCUGGACCACAAGUUUGACCUCAUGUAUGCCAAGAGAGCCUUUGUGCAUUGGUAUGUUGGGGAAGGCAUGGAAGAGGGAGAGUUCUCAGAAGCCAGAGAAGACAUGGCUGCUCUGGAGAAAGAUUAUGAGGAGGUGGGCACAGACAGCAUUGGGGAUGAAGGGGAGGAAGGAGAAGAGUACUAAGACCAACAUGGCUCACUCACUUCACUCUAGUUUAUGAAAUAUUCCAGCUAUUGGCAUAAGGCAUGGAAAUCAUUCUUUUAUCUAAGCAUUCCAUGAAGUUGUUUUUGUUUUUCUCCCCCAAAUAAAGUUUCAAUAAAGGAAAAUGAAAUGAA